UUUUAGUAAUAAUAACUGGCAACCUUUAUGGUCCGUCGCAACAGACGCAAAUGCUGCUGGGUGAAUGAUGGUGGACUGCACCUAUAAGCCACUUUUAAAGGACGACGGAGUUGGACAGAGACAUGUUUCGAUCUAACGACCCUCUAUUUGUGUUGUGGGGUUGCCAAGUGAUGCCGUACUGAAAAAGAAGCGGGAUAAAGACGUUCCCCAGCUUCAAAACGGUUAGUUUGCUUUGGGAUAAUUUCUGAAAACAUGGCAAUGUCCCUAAACCAAGCCUGCCGGAGUCUUGCCCUGUCUACAUGGCUGCUGUCGUUUUGCUUCGUACAUUUGUUGUGUCUGGACUUCACAGUGGCAGAGAAAGAGGAAUGGUACACUGCCUUCGUCAACAUCACUUACCUGGAUCCAGUGACAUCCGAAAUAAAGACAGACAAGAGUGAAUGUGGGAGAUAUGGGGAGCACUCUCCUAAAAGAGACGCCAGGGGCUUUGUGUUUAUGCCAUCACUUCUGCAGGACAGACAGGCAUGUGACAGUAGCAUUAAAUUCUCCCUUCCCCAUCCCAACAUCCCAUGGAUAGCACUGGUAGCCAGAGGAAACUGUACCUACAGGGAGAAGAUAAGACAUGCUGCGGCUCUCAAUGCAUCGGCUGUGGUUAUUUUCAAUGUGGGCUCCAGCAACUCAAAUGACACCAUUACUAUGCCACAUUACGGUACCGGCGAUGUGGUGGCUAUCAUGAUUCCCGAGCCCAAAGGUCGUGAGAUCGUGGCCCUGUUGGAGAAGAACAUAACCGUGGCCAUGCACAUCACCAUCGGCACGCGGAACCUGCAGAAGUACGUCAGCCGCACCUCAGUGGUGUUCGUCUCCAUCUCCUUCAUCGUCCUGAUGAUCAUCUCUCUCGCCUGGCUGGUCUUCUACUACAUCCAGAGGUUCCGCUACGCCAACGCACGAGACCGCAACCAGAGGCGAUUGGGUGACGCUGCAAAAAAGGCCAUAAGCAAGUUACAAGUACGGACCAUCAGGAAGGGUGACAAGGAAACUGAGUCGGACUUUGACAACUGCGCAGUGUGCAUCGAAGACUACAAACCUAAUGAUGUCGUCAGGAUCCUGCCGUGUCGUCAUGUCUUCCAUAAGAACUGUGUGGACCCUUGGCUACAGGACCACAGAACCUGUCCCAUGUGCAAAAUGAACAUCCUUAAAGCCCUGGGCAUCCCGCCCAAUACAGACUGUUCUGAUGACAUCCCUCCUGAUUAUGAGAUGUCCGUCAGCGGCCCUCCCACCAAUCCUGUGACAGGGGCGAGUGAGGUGUCAGUGGGCGAGAGCUCGGCGGUUCUGGACCCAGCUGUCAGAACAAUAGGCCUGUCACACAUUUACCACGAGAUGGACUCCUUCCCGCCAGCCGGAGAGAGCCACCACAUCGCCAGCAGUGAGCACCAGCCCUCCAUGAGCAAUGAUUCAGACACCUCACUCAUCAUGCCAGUGGAGCUCGUCCUGUCUGAUGUAGAACUUCAGUCCGAUCCAGAACAGGACGAUGUGAAGUCCUGAAGAUUACUGAAUGACUCUUGGUGCCAUAAAUGGAGCAGGACUGCAGCGGGACAAUAAAAGAGCAUGAGAAAUAGCAGCACAGGUGUGCAACCUCCUUUUUUGACCUCAUGGUCUCUGUCACCGCAGCUUGCUUGUCCUCUUCCUCUGGCUUUAUUAACCUCAAUUUCAUGUCGUCUUCUGUCCCGAGCUUGUGUUACCAGACUGGAAAAGCCACAUGGUCCUACAAGGGAUGUUUUCGCUUUUAUUCUGGAAAAUUUUGACUGUUUCAACUUCCCUAUGGGAUCACUGCCAGUACACACCAGGGUAUUCUAAAAUGAAUAGACGUAAUGUAAAUGUAACUUACAUUUGCUUUGAGUGUCUAAAGCGGUUUGCGUGUGCUCUAACCAGCGGUCCAAUGUCGUCUCACAGAUGCUCUUAGUGAAGUAUCACCAGUGCUUAUUGUAUGCAGGACACUAUUUUUGCAUCUUCUGAAAUGUGAUGUGUCAUAUCACACUACAGCGACAAGAUCUUCCCUAUGAAGUCGAACCCAGCUCAUGAUAUGGUGAGUGUUUUAGCAGCCGUAUCCAGAGACAGUGUGUCAAGGCAGUACUUGUGAAUCAUAAUGCCACAAAAGCAGUUAAAGCACAUUCUUUCCACUAAUUUUGUCUUGACAAAGUGUUGUCAUGUAUUCCACUAGGGUUUCAGGCCACAUGCACACUUCUAAAUUCAGUGUCACUCCUGUUUGGAGUGCUUAAACCUGCUUUGUACACAGAGGUUUGUUAAUUACAGGAGUGACAAUUGCAUUCUACAACCAAAAUGCAGGUAGUAAUGAUUAUAUUUUCAUGUUAUGUUGCAAUUAGCUUGGAAACUAAUUAAUUACAACUUGGAACAUCAGAAAUAACUAAAGGCCCAUUCACACCAACUAUUAGUGAUGCACAGAUUUUUUUUUUUUUUUUUACCAGAACACCGAAAUUAACACAGAAAUUAAAGUUUUCAUUUUUUCAAACUUAAAAAAGUUCAUUUAAUAAUCUAUUAAUUAAUCUACCCCAAUUCGUUGUUGAAAUAUAAACAUUAAAUAAACAGUGUCUGUAAUAACUUGUCAUGACAGACAUUUAAAAAAACAUACAUUAAAUAAAGACAACAGGUUAAGACUAAAAUAUAAUGAAUAUGCAUGUAAUAUAAUAUUUGUAAUAUAGUGCAUAUAUUUAGCAAAAUUAGGUAUUUUUCCUAGCUAACUACAGAAUUAUGGACAUUAAAUGGCUUUCCUGAGGUAAAUGUAACAUUAUGAGACAUAUUUACAAGCUGUUUUAUUGACGUCUUUCUGCAUUUGAAACACUGAUUUAGCGAUUACAUGAGACAUGAUACACUUCAGUAAGUUGUACUGAUUGACAGAAACUGAAAGCUGAAAUUUUCUUUCAUAUCAAAAGCUACAAAGCACAAAGCUUAUUACGAGGCACGAGGCACGCUACAAAUAACGUUCAGUGAAGUUUUGUUUCAUGCAUUAAAUGAAUACAGCGUAGAAGUCGUCGAUAUGGUCAACCCAGAAUUAACGUCCACACAGCUUUACCUGUUAACUUCGUGCACUCAGCGUGAAAACAGUCAAAAAACGCCAUCAGAGAAGCAAAAAUUUCAGCCAUCCAAAAUUGUUUUGGGCAAAACCGAAUAUUCAUAUUCCUCCGAUUGAAUGUCUUUGAUUGUCACAAUUUUGGCGCGUCACUACAUAACAUUUUAAUAAUCAUCCUAAUUCUAUGAGAAUAGCUAAGUCCACACCACAACCAUAUCAUUUGAAUCCCUUUGAUAACGAUUUUCUUUCCAGCUGAUGAAUGAUAAAGAUAUUGAUAUAGAGAACCAAUCAGAAACCAUCAAAAUUUAAAGGGCUCGAGCAUUUAAAGCGGCAGAUGACAUAACUGCGUUAUAGACCUUAUGUAGUCUCGCGUAACCAGAACUUCAGACUGAUGGCAGAAGGUCUGGACUCUAUCGCAGCUUUCAUUGGCCAAGGACCACCCAAGAGGACGUUUGACUGACAUGUAACGCAACCAAUCACAGUUCUAUUUGUUCCAUGUGUUGUUUAGGGGCAUGGAAACAAAGUCAAUGUCCCUACAAUAACAGACCGGUGUUUAUCUACUAAAUUAUUCAUUCAAGAACGUUGUGCAAGUUUACUACAACAAUGGAACCGUGAACUUCACAUACUUUCGAAAAUCCAGUGUUUGGUUGAUCCUGGUAAGCACUCAUUGUCACAGUUACAGCUCAUAAACAUGAUGGCAUUCUUCUUCCAUGAGGGAGUUUGGCGUCACAGCAUUUGUUUCCAGGUGGACUAUUAAAGAAACGCUACACAAACAUCUCCUGGACGUCCUGUAGAAUUCAACCAACCAGAUGACGACUUCGAAAAUCCUGAAGUGUUUCUAGAUAAGUGUGCCAUAUGCAUUAGACGUUCAGCCAACGGUCCGUGGGCAUGUCGUCUUAAGCCCGGAACACACCAAGCCAACGGUUUUUUGUUUUUGUUUUUGUUCAUCGGCCGACUAAGUUUUCUCAGUGUGUUCCGCACCGUCGGCUGAAGUUGGUCCUCGUCAGCUUUUUUUCGGCCGAUUCGACACGUUGAAUCGGCAUCGGAGCUCGUCGGUCAGUCGGGCCAUCUGAUCAUUCUGAUUGGCUGUUCAGCUACUGCCACCUGCUGGUACGGAAAGACAUUUCUUCUUACCCAGGCGCAGAACGGAUGUGCUACUUGGCCGUCGGGUGUCGAGCGUCGGUUUCGUGUGUCAGGGCAACUUUGGACCCAGACGCUGCCGACGUGAGCCAACCCCGCAGUCUGCUUUCAUCGCCACUUGUUCAUUGCCGUCGGCUUGGUGUGUUCUGAGCGUAAGGCUGAGACUAGACCUUAUAUAGCCCCGCUCGUCUGUAGUUUGAAAUGUCGUAAACGUUGUAUGCAAUGUGACUGCAAUUACUUUCUCUGUUAUAUUUACAAUGUUAUUUCCUAUUUCACUCUUAAUAGUCUAUUUAUAAACGCAUUAUAUCUCUUUAACCAGAUCUAUUGAUACAAUCACGACCGAAAACAAAAACAGCAUUCAGUCAUCGUCCUUCAGUCCCUCAGCUAAAAUUAAAUGAUAACCCUAAACAGUAGGUGGCGGCAAAUCAUUGUUUUAACAAGUCAGUGAUUGAAUCAUUUAGUCAAAGGUCCUGAUUCAUUCAGUCCUGAUUCAUUCAUGGACAAAGCAGAAGUGAAUCGAGUCGUCGAGUCACGGAUUCAUUCAGUAACGAAACCAAAACUGUGUUGCUCGCAGACACUCAAUGGCUCUACUGUUUGGAAUUUGGCAAAUUAGAGGAAAAACCGAUAAUAUUGACAAUAAUGUGUCAAAAAUGUAAGUCACCUAAUAGCUUAUUAACUUACUGUUUAUUGAAUUGUUGUAUAAAAUCAAUCUUACAUUUGCAAACGUGCUGAUAUUCGGGAAAAUUGCACUUUUGCUGUUGUGAUAUUGCUUAUAAAUAUUAAAAACAAGAACUUAUACAGAGACUUUUUUGCAACAUAUCUUGGAUUUUGGGGCAGUAUUUUUGGUGGCAUUUUUUUUGUCUCAAACCCCCGUUAAUUUUCAACCCUGGUGUGUGUGCGCUGUGUAAUGGCGGGAGGCGGGGCUCUUUUUUGAGCACAAGCGGAGGCCCCUUUCGAGGGAAAUGGGUGAAACAUACAGAGGCCAAGGUCGCUACUGGAAUGCGAUAAACUAGUAUUUCCUUGUGAACACAGUCUGAGUCAACCAUCAUGAGGAUCGAUUCACUCCCACAAUUAAUUAAAUGCAGUUGUCACUCCCUAACCAGUGCAGUGUGCCAUAUUUUAUUUUUAUUUAUUUAUUUAUUUAUUUAUUUUGCCAAUAACUUGCUGAGUUAAUGUCUUCAGAGGCUUUUAUUUUUAAAAAGUUAGUCCCAGUUAAAAGUGGAGUGUGUAAUUUCUGCUGCACCGGAAAGAAUUGCGAUCUGAACGGCUGAAUUGGGCCGAACAGCUCAACUAGCGGCGUGAACUACCUGUUCCUCCAAAAACUUGUUCUUUGUCAUUAUUUUUGCUAUUUUGUUUGGUUACUGCAGAAAUUGCACACAUAAAUUUUAUGGGGCGCUUUGCUCAAAUUUAAGCUGCUCACAAUACAUUUGCAGAAGGAUAGUACCUUACUGACAAGCCUGUUUUAAAUAACCGUUUCUUUUUAUCAUGCACAAUAGGAAAGUGAAAGACUAUUGAAUGGUUAUUUUGAUAUCAAAGGGUUUAUUUUUCUAAAAAAGACAAAAGAAAAAACAAAGGACGCAUGGAGAUAAACAUUGCUGAAACACCCCCUUUUAAAUAUUUAUGUUUUAUUAUUAUUAUAAUUAUUAUUAUUAUUAUUAUUUCACUAAAUAGUUUUCCCUUAUAUACAGUAUAUUAAUAUUGUGAUCAUGUAGCCUGUUAAUGUUGAAUACAGACUGACUGUUUACAGUGUGUCUGUGUAUCUGCCAACUUCAAAUAUGUCUUUUAUUUAUUUUAAUUAUUAAAACAAUAAUGAUAUUAAUUAUUAUUAAUUUUAUUAGGUAUAAAGGCAUUUGUACUGAUGUUUAAAUAUUUUUCUCAGUGAGAUAGUCUCAAAUGUACUUCCCCAGUUAAACACGCUCAUACCCAGAAUGCACUACUGCAGUCGGAUGGACUGAUGAAUGUUCAGCACACUAAACCAAAGCUUCAGCAUAUACUGUAUGUCUGCAUAUGUUUCUGAUGUUAGGACAUGUGAAAAUGGUGUGUGUUCACAUCUGUCCUGCACUAUGGUAAUCAAUGAUCAUCGUGAUGGAUGUAAACGUGCGCAGACGGACUGAACUGGGAGCAGUCGUAGAGCUGGGGUCUGUGAUCCUGAUAUUCAUAUUCAGUAAUAUUUAACAUAAAGGCUUGUGCAGUGUUAUGUGCAUCUGUCGGCCAAAAAGCACACAAGAUUUCCCUGAGAUCUGCAGAUUUAUUUUAUUGUAACUUUAGACUGGCAUGAAUAAAACUGUUGUUUAGAGGAAUUUUAUAAGAUUAGAUGAUUACGUACUUAUGAUUUGGUGCUUAUUUAAUCAUUGUAACAUUUCUUGUGGCAAAAACAGUAUGACAUUGUGUUUUCUUUCUAUGAUAUCUGUGGUUGAUGAAGUCGUCUGUCUAGGAAUCAUUUUGUGUGUCCAUUAAAGCAGUCAUUUCAUGCAUUUGUUGUUUAUUUUUUCCCCUUAGGGAAUUCAUUUACAAUAUUUGUGUCCUGUGCCUUUAUAUGGAAGCUUUUUUCAUCAUGAAAUAAAAAAUAAAAAAGGUAAUUGCGACUUUUUAUCUCA